AUGGGAAUCGUUGACAAUUUGGAGAAUUGUAUAAUUGAACACGUUUGUGUGUUUAGGGGGCAAGACCCUCAUCAAAGACAGAGUACACAUCUGAAACAAACAAAUCCAGCAUCAGCACGGAUUAUGAAUCAUGUCCCUGGCGACUUAAAUUUGUUUGGGUCUGACCCGCCUCUGCAGUUCCACGACACACACGGGGACAACGUUGAGCUGCAGAACAACAGGGUUCGAGCCCGACGAUACGAAAGUUUCUGCAAGGGCAUUUGCUUUUCUAACAGGCCUAUUGCCAUCAACGAAAAGGUGUACGUGAAGUUUGUGGAGACGAACACUAACUGGAGCGGCGUUCUGCGCUUCGGGUUCACCAGCGUCAACCCGAUGACUGUCCGGGGCUGCGACCUGCCGCGCUACGCCUGCCCUGACCUAACCAACAAAACUGGCAACUGGGCAAAGGCUUUGGGGGAACGGUACACAGCCAGCAACAUCUUGUUGCAUUUCAGCGUCAACAGGGCUGGCGAUGUCACGUACGGGGUUAAUGGAGAAGAGAAAGGGAUUUUCUUUAGUGGCGUGAUCACCUCGCAGCCCUUGUGGGCUUUGCUGGACAUCUAUGGGAACACAGUAACAGUGGAGUUCUCUCAUGCUAAUGCAGAAAUUGAGCCACCUGCCAGUGCUUCACAGUUUGACACAAGCCCUCAGUCUCUAGACUGCAACCACUUCAACUUUUCAAACUUGUCAUCAAGUACUGGCCUCAGCUCUACAUCAGCGCUGGAAUCUGCAUCUAGGGUACACUGGCAUGCCAGAUUGCCAUUCACCCCACUUCAUUUUCACCACUUGCUAGGACGGAAUGUCCUAGUGAGUUCCGACCGCACUCUGGCUACAAGACUGAAGCAUGAGUAUUGCAAUGCUUUUGUUUUUACUGCCAGACCUUUACACUGUGGAGAGACUCUAGUCAUUCAGGUGCUGGCAGUAGAUAGAUCGUUCAUUGGAGGGUUGGGUUUUGGUGUAACUGCCUGCGACCCAUCCACUGUGGAUCCAAGCAGCUUGCCUGAUGAUUCUGACCUGUUGCUAGAUCGUCAGGAGUACUGGGUGGUCAACAAAGAUGUGUGUCGCAACCCGGAAAUAGGAGACGAGUUCAGUUUUCAUAUAUCUCAGCUGGGUGAGGUGAGGUAUGCCAGAAACAAUCAAGCUUCUGUGACAUUGAUGCAUGUUGACAUCUCAACGCCAUUAUGGGCUUUCUUUGAUGUAUACGGGAACAUUCAGAAAAUCAAACUUGUUGGAACAACACUAGAUCCAUGUCAAGGGCGUUUACCCCGAUCACAGUCAUUGAGCAGUUACAGUAGUGUCCCCUCUGGCGAGAAUAUGUCUCCUGGUUUAGUGACCGCAGCUUAUGGAAUGUCAGCUCUUGCUGUAAACAUGCCUCCUACAGUUAGUGGAGGCUCAGGAUCUGCUGGCAUGAACAUUUUACGAAGCAGCAGUAGCAGUAUUCCUUUAUCAUGUUUAUCUUCUUUUGGGGGAACUGCCAGCGAAUCAUCCUUUAGCCACACAGCAUCAGCUCCUUCCACACCUCUGUCCAGUAGUUCACAGCCUCUCUCAGAUGUUGAGGUUGCUGAUUGCAAAGUCUGCUGGGAACGUGUGAUCAAUUGUGUUCUUUACACCUGCGGACAUAUGUGUUUAUGCUUUCACUGCGCAAUGACAAUUCGUGGGGAGAAUGGAUUGUGCCCAAUCUGUCGGCAGGCAAUUGUUGAUGUCAUUAAAUUCUACAAAUCUUAG